AUGGGUCACGACGUUAAAGGUAUGUGUACAUCAUCAUCGUCAUUAUCAGAGACUUCAUGCGUUGUAUCUAAAACAGGAUGGCCUAUUAUAGUUGUUGUAUCAUAUUUCUUGGCACCAUUCCCCAAUAUGGUGUGUAAGAACAGAGACCAGUUUUCAUCAGACUCUGGUUCAAUGACCGACCUUGGUCUCUUUAUUACAGGAUUUUUAAUUGCCAGUGGAUUUGGCAUUCCAGCUGUAUUGGCUCAUUCAAACAUUAUCAGUUAUAAGGCAUUGGGUUUCGCCUUGGGUGGAGGUAUUACAGUUUACGCUACUCUUAUUUCAUUUAUGGCCUAUUUCAAUAGACAUCAUGAUGAUGACGAUGGAUGGGGAAAUUACUAA